AGACUGGAAAAUAGACCCAACUAAGAUAGAAACUUCUAGAGUGUCUGACUGGCAUACCCACCAGUAAAAUGAAGUCUGCACUUGUUCUGCUGUGUGUCCUCCUGACUCUGACCUCUGUUUGUGAAAGUGGUGUGAAUGAUAAGGGGCUGCUUUUCCCAAAACCCUCGGCCAAUUCCUUUGUCAAGCUCACCCCUCUAAAGCCCCUGAAUUUAGAGGCCUUUACUCUGUGUAUGCGUCUGUCUGUGGAUCCAAAUGUAGUUUCCAAACAGAACCGUGACACCAUCCUCUUCGCUUAUCGCACCAAAGACUAUGAUGAGCUUAACGUGUGGCAGGAGAAGGGCAACAUCUCCUUAUACCUGAGAAGCAGCUCAGAGGGUGCUUUCUAUUCCGUCCCACUUCUCUCCAUCUUCCGCACAAACCUGUGUGUCACCUGGGAAUCCAGCACGGGUCUGACUGCAUUCUGGGUGGACGGCCGCCGCAGCACUCUGCAGGUGUACAGGCAAAACCACAAGGUCCAGUCUGGUGGUGUUGUUCUCCUGGGUCAGGAUGCUGACUCUUUCCUUGGUAGCUUUGAUGAAAAGCAGAGUUUUGUAGGUGAGAUUACAGACAUGAACAUGUGGGAUUAUGUGCUCACAGGAGAUCAGAUUAGGCACUUCAAUGAUAAGGUGUGGUUGGGACCAGAACCGAAUGUUCUUAACUGGGACACUGUGCAGUAUGAAGUAAAUGAGAAUGUCCUUGUAGUGCCAGAGAAGUACAACUGAUAUGUAAGAUGCAUAUCUUUGUAAGACUCCGUUUGCAAGUAGUGGGCAAUAUUUUCUUUAAUAAUGCUGUAAUCAUGCAUGUACCAGCAUAUA